AUAAAACUAACCCGAAUUAUAGGCAGUUGCCAGGCUGGUCACAUAUUCUGUGAGAUUUAGAUUUCAACUUCUUUAUUCAUUUCCCGUCUUUGUCAGUACUCACUACUACCCACCCCAAAACGGCAGUCAUGUGCUGCCGUUUUACCUUCCCCAUCACUCCUUAACCGUCACCAGCACCACUAACAACCAACCUCACUUCAGCUUCUCUUCUUUACUCAGCUCCCUCAGUCAAUGCACAAUAUUAUGCUCAAACGACGACGUCGUUUCACCAAGCACCACCAUCACCACCACCACUACCGCCAACGAAAAUGACCAAAAAGCCCUUCCUCUUCAUCCCCGUCCGCUACCUCAUCGUCUUCCUCACAUUCAUCUGCACCUCCGUCUGCUACAUCGAGCGCGUUGGCUUCUCCAUCGCCUACACCGUCGCCGCCGACGCCGCCGCCGUCACACAAUCCUCCAAAGGCUCCAUCCUCUCCACCUUUUACUACGGCUAUGCCUGCUCCCAGGUCCCCGGCGGCUACGCCGCACAGAAGAUCGGCGGCCGCCGCGUCCUCCUCCUAUCCUUCCUCCUCUGGUCCCUCACCUGCUUCCUCGUCCCCUUAGAUCCAAACCGCGUAACCGUUCUCGUCGUCGCACGGUUACUCGUCGGCGUCGCGCAAGGGUUUAUAUUCCCUUCAAUCCACACCGUUCUUGCGCAGUGGGUCCCACCUCAUGAGAGAUCCAGAUCCGUUUCUCUAACUACCUCAGGCAUGUACCUUGGUGCAGCUUUAGGUAUGCUACUCCUCCCGAGCCUCGUUAAAUUCAAGGGUCCGCAAUCUGUUUUCGUUGCCGAAGCUGCUCUCGGCGCGGUUUGGUCUUUGCUUUGGUUUAAAUACUCGUCCGAUCCUAAAGCCACCGCUUCCGGUGCCGGCGAACAGCUGCUUCCGACGAACAAGAAAAUUGACGCGCGAAAACCUGCGCCGAAGACCGUUACGAUCCCUUGGGUGAAAAUCAUGACGAAUUUGCCUGUUUGGGCUAUUGUUGUUAACAAUUUCACAUUUCAUUAUGCUUUGUAUGUGUUGAUGAAUUGGCUUCCUACUUACUUCGAAUUAGGGCUUCAGCUUAGCCUCCAUGAUAUGGGUUCAUCAAAGAUGAUGCCUUAUUUGAACAUGUUCUUGUUCUCCAAUAUCGGAGGCGUUGUCGCGGAUUAUCUGAUUACUAGGAGGAUUAUGUCAGUUACCAGGACAAGGAAAUUCUUGAAUACUAUGGGGUUUGUGGUGGCGUCGCUCGCAUUGGCUGUGAUUCCGAGUUUUAGAACUUCUGGUGGUGCUGUGUUCUGUUCCUCCGUGGCGCUUGGGUUCUUGGCGUUGGGGAGGGCGGGGUUUGCUGUGAACCAUAUGGAUAUUGCACCAAGGUAUGCUGGCAUUGUGAUGGGAGUUUCCAACACUGCUGGCACGCUGGCUGGCAUUGUUGGAGUUGACUUGACUGGCAAGCUUCUCGAGGCUGCGAAGGUUGCAGAUGCUGAUCUGUCAAGUCCUGAGAGCUGGAAGGCUGUCUUCUUCAUUCCUGGUUUGUUGUGCGUGUUUAGUUCCUUGAUAUUUUUGCUGUUCUCAACAGGGGAGAGGAUUUUUGAUUGAGGUUUUAGGCCUGGACUGAAUCGUUGUUACUUUGAUUAUCAUUAUGAUAAUGAUGAGGAGAAGGAGGAUUGAAUGGCUUAUAUGCUUUAUUAUUUGUUUGCGGGGAUUUUAUUUUCA